AUGACGGCCGACAGCUCACGUCCGAGGAGUUCUAGUGUCGAUCGCAAAACGACGACAGAUAAUGACUCCGGAAUAUCACCACAGAAAGCCGCCACAACAAAGCCACUGUACUCAUACAAUGAUUCCAGUCUGUCGACCGACGAGCGGGUCGCGGACCUCCUUUCCCGCAUGACACUGGAGGAAAAGGCCGGGCAGCUAUUCCACAAUAUGAUCAUUCCGGGUCCAGGAGGCUCCCUCGCCGAGGCUAAUCCAGCAAACGGGUUUCCUUCGACCAGGGAGAUGCUCGACGACAAGAAGAUGUCGCACUUCAACAUCAUCGGCCCAAUCUCGGACCCGCGCCUCGUCGCGCGCUGGCACAAUAAGUUGCAGCAGCACGUGCUGGACCACUCGCGGCUCGGCAUCCCCGUCACGCUGUCGUCGGACCCGCGCAACCACUUCGACACCAAUAUCGGGACGGGUUCCCGGGCAGGCGCUCUAAGUCAGUGGCCCGAGACGUUCGGCUUCGCGGCGCUGCGCAGCCCCGAGCUCGCCCGCCGAUUCGCGGAUGUCGUUCGGCAGGAGUACAUCGCCGUCGGCCUGCGCGUAGCACUACACCCGCAGGCUGACCUGGCGACCGAGUACCGGUGGGCGCGGGUCAACUCGACGUUUGGAGAGGACGCCGACGUGGCUUCCGAGUUAGUUACCGCAUGUGUUGGGGGUCUUCAGGGGCGCCUUUCCAGGACUGGGGAUGGUCUGGACAGCGUGUCGACGACGACGAAGCACUUCCCUGGUGCUGGCCCUGAGAUGGAUGGGGAGGACUCCCACUUCACCUACGGCAAAGAGCAGAUUUACCCUGGUGGAAAUUUUGAGUAUCAUCUGGAGCCGUUUAGAAAGGCAAUUCUGGCUGGCACAAGACAGAUCAUGCCCUCGUAUGCGAUGCCAGUCGGAACAAAGUACGAACAAGUCGGCUUCGCCUUUAACAAGGGAAUCAUAACGGGCCUCCUCCGCAAAGAGCUUGGCUUCGAGGGCAUUAUCGUCACGGACUGGGGCCUCGUCACGGACGCAGUCAUCCUGGGCCAGGACAUGCCGGCACGAGCGUGGGGUUGCGAGCACCUCAGCGAGCUGGAGCGCACGGUCAAGAUCCUCGACGCAGGAUGCGACCAGUUCGGCGGCGAGUCGGUGCCCGAGCUGGUCGUGCAGGCCGUGGAGGAGGGGUUCGUCUCAGAGGUGCGCAUCGACGAGUCGGUCCGCCGCGUGCUUAGGGAGAAGUUCGUGCUCGGUCUGUUCGACGGCAAGCGCUUCGUGGACGUAGAAGAGGCGGGAAGAAUUGCGGGCAAGCCCGAGUUCAUCGCGCAGGGCCAGGCUGCGCAACGGGAGGCGUUCACAGUACUCACGAACCACGGAGCGGUGUUCCCUCUCCCUGCGUCCCAACAAGACAGAACGUUCUACGUGGAGGGCUUGGAUGCCGAUGUCGCCCGGAGACGGGGCCUGAAGAUCGUUGACACGCCUGCUGAGGCGGACAUCGCGCUGGUCCGGCUGAGAGCUCCGCACCAGGCGCGGCCGGGUGGCUUCGAGUCGAUGUUCCAUUCAGGGUCGCUUGAGUUUCCCGAGAAAGAAGCCGCGCGCGUGUCGAACCUGAUCAGGUCGGUGCCCACAUCGAUCGUCGAUGUCUACCUGGACCGCCCAGCUGUGCUGACGCCCAUUGUCGAGGCCCAGGAGGCUGCCAACGGUAGUAGUUGGGUAGGAAGUGCCCUGACAGCGAACUACGGGGGCGACACAGACGCGUUCCUCGACGUGUGCUUGGGCAUUGGGAAGUCGUCGCCCCGGGGCAGGCUGCCGUUUGACCUGCCACGGUCGAUGAAGGCUGCGAGCGAGAGUCGAGAGGAUGUGCCCUUCGACACGAAAGACCCACUGUUUCGCUUCGGACACGGUCUCGAAUACCCGAAUUGA